AUGUCACAAAGAUACAGACCAAACUCACGAGCUAACCUCGGACUCGGCGCGGAAUACAAUACACCUCCGCAAUCAGGCCGCUCGACGCCCUACAGCUAUAACGCCAACGCCAAUGGCAGCGGCAGCGAGCAGGAGAACCCCUACGCGGCCGGACCGCGAUUUAUGGAUAAUUUGGAGGCGCAGAAUGACGAGAUGAUUGAGGGGCUGGGUAGUAAGAUCAAGAUGCUGAAGGACCUCUCGCUGGGUAUAGGAGACGAAGUGCGGGAGGGGGCACGGCAACUGAGUCAAAUGAACGACGCGUUCGAGGAGACGGGCAGUAUCUUGUCUGGCACAUUCAAGCGCAUGAACAGGAUGGCCACGAGACAGGGCUGCCGCUGGAUGUGGUAUAUGGUCUUCGGCGUUGUCGUCUUUUGGUUCUUCAUCGUCGUCUGGUGGUUUCGACGGUAG